CAUAGAUAGAGAACAAUAUUUGUUCUCUAUCUGUGCUCUCCUCUCCCUUCGUCUCAGAUCAUAGAUAUAUUUAUGGUCUCAGAUGUCUGGACUCUGAAACAGACUUUCAGUCGCCACCGCGUGGACCAGUUGGUUUAAAAUCGCUCGUCAUUUUCAGCCGUAACGUUUAAAUCCAACAGAAAGACAAGACAAAAAAAAAGACAUGGCUAACGACUCCAGGGAGCUUGACUUCUACCUCAGUUCCCUCGAGCAGCAGGUGAGACGCGAGCUGAAGGACGGAGACGCUACGCUCACACAGAGUCUAACCGAGGGAAGGGUCUGCUUGGAGGUCAGAGAAGACCUGCUGGCUAGUUUCCUCGAUGAUCUACAAGGAGGUAGAGAGGAAGAGUGGAGCUGUGAAGAAGAGCUGAUGCAGAGGGAGAUUUGUCAACUGAAAGCCCAGCUGGACCACACUAAUGUCCCGACUGAGCUCGAGGAAAACGUCCCGGCUGCUUUUAAAGAGCUCAAGCAGCAGUUGGAGAUUUGUUGCGUCUCGUUGCAGGAGGUCAGGUCCUCCCUUCUGACCGAGCGGGAAACAUCCCACAGCUACUACCUCCAGCAGACGGAGCUGCACGCCAACGCCACCAGAGAGCUGAAGAAAGUCAAAGAUCAGGCAGAGAGCGAGCAGCUCCAAUGGCAGCAGGAGAAAGCCUCGCUGCUGGAGGAGAUGGAGGCAUGCAGAACCUUGUCUCGGCGCGAGGAGAGGUCCUCCCUCGAGGAAGAACUGACAUCUGAGGAACAGAUCGCUAAAAAGAGAAACAGACAGAAGUGGUACAGAAGAAUCUUCUAGACUUCUACGCUGAUGGGGAAUAACAACACACACACACACA